UUGGAUUAACCUGUUGAUAGUGGAUAAUAAUUUGUUUACAGGGUGUUUAUUUGUUAAGUUAUAUUUGAAUUCGGUACUGAAAGUGUUCUGUCCGUCAAUUUCACACUGAAUUGUAUUAAAAUCGCGCCACAUGGCGUAAAAUUCUAGCUUCCUCCGCCAUUGUGGGAAAACUGACGGUGUGUCUAUUUCUGACGAUAGUGAGAGAGCUUGCACGGUUUUCCUUCAUCUCUUUGCCAAUAACGGGAUAUUUAUAUUAAAUUUGUGUUAUUCAACACGUGAUGUGUUCAGGUAUAUCCUGAUUGUGUCUAUUAAGUUUAUUACUGUUUAAUAUACACUGUUUAUUGCUUUAUUUAUUAUAAUAAUUGGAACGAAGUCGUGUGACUGGGAGUGCAGACUUUUCUAUUAGGCUACAACAAUAUAGUUCGAUCUUUCUAGAUACUGUGAAGUCGACUGAAGACACUGAUUACCGACUACAGAGUGUCUUCAAUAAAGUUUAAUUCGUCCGAAUUCUAUUGGAAGUACAUGACCAAAAAUAUUGUGAUAGUUGGGAUAAAACUCAUAGGGAUUUUAAAAGUUCUAAAUAAACAAUACAUUCAAUGAAUAAAAGGUGAGCCGAUGUUAGAGUUGUCCGAUCUUCAUGUCUAAGUUGUUUCCACCAUGAGUUUUAGUAGCGAUGAGGUGAACUUUCUUGUAUAUCGCUACCUACAAGAAUCAGGUUUUGUGCAUUCUGCUUACACCUUUGGUAUAGAAAGUCACAUCAGUCAAACAAAUAUAAAUGGGGCGUUGGUGCCCCCAGCUGCCCUUCUUAAUAUCAUUCAGAAGGGAUUACAGUACACAGAGGCGGAGAUCAGUAUCGCAGAGGAUGGAACGGUACGGCCUAUGGAAUCACUCUCAUUGAUCGAUGCUGUAAUGCCAGAAACUGUAGAGUCAAAGAAACAAGCAGCCGCCAAAGCUAAUCCAAUCAAAACGGAGACGGCAAAUACAAAUGGAGAAGAUGCGUCGCAUACAGUUGCUAAUCAUUCAGAGAAUAUGGAAGUAGAUGGAACAGUGGAUAUUCCUACAUCAAAAACGACUGUUCUCAGAGGUCAUGAAUCGGAGGUGUUUAUUUGUGCUUGGAAUCCUGCCAAUGACCUGUUAGCUUCAGGUUCUGGUGACUCGACAGCUAGAAUAUGGAAUAUGAAUGAUAUUAGUUCGAACGCCAAUCAAUUAGUUUUACGCCAUUGUAUACAAAAAGGUGGUACGGAGGUACCCAGUAAUAAAGAUGUCACAUCGUUAGAUUGGAACUGUGAUGGAACAUUAUUAGCAACUGGUUCAUAUGAUGGAUAUGCGAGAAUGUGGAGUACAGAUGGUCGUUUAGUAAAUACAUUAGGACAACAUAAAGGUCCAAUAUUUGCCUUAAAGUGGAAUAAACGGGGAAAUUAUAUUUUAAGUGCUGGUGUAGAUAAAACAACUAUUAUCUGGGAUGCUAGCUCAGGUAGCUGUCAACAACAAUUCGCAUUUCAUUCUGCCCCUGCGCUGGACGUAGAUUGGCAGUCUAAUAUUAGCUUUGCAUCCUGUUCAACAGAUCAGUGUAUUCAUGUUUGUCGACUAGGACACGACCGACCCAUCAAAACAUUCCAAGGACACACUAAUGAGGUUAAUGCUAUAAAAUGGGAACCACAAGGCAAUUUAUUAGCAUCCUGUUCAGAUGAUAUGACAUUAAAAAUAUGGAGUAUGAAACAAGAAACCUGUGUUCAUGAUUUACAAGCUCAUAGUAAAGAAAUUUAUACCAUUAAAUGGAGUCCGACGGGACCCAACACAAAUAAUCCUAAUGCUUCUUUAAUUUUAGCCAGUGCAUCAUUUGAUUCGACAGUAAGAUUAUGGGAAGUAGAGAGGGGAACAUGUCUACAUACAUUAACUAAACAUCAAGAACCAGUAUAUAGUGUAGCGUUUAGUCCAGAUGGUAGAUAUUUAGCUAGUGGAUCAUUUGAUAAAUGUGUACAUAUAUGGAAUGUUCAAAGUGGCAGUUUAGUUCAUAGUUAUCGAGGUACAGGGGGAAUAUUUGAAGUUUGUUGGAAUCAUAGAGGUGAUAAAGUUGGUGCCAGUGCUUCAGAUGGUUCUGUUUUUGUAUUGGAUUUACGGAAAUAGGAAUUAUAUUCUAGAUAUGGGUUUUAACUUGGUGCGUCUAUAAAUCUGUCACUGCUGCUGAUUGGAAGAAAAACACAUGAAUAGUUGCCAAAAUCUCACUCUUCCUGUGAACAACAACCGACCACUAUGAAUGGUACAGUGACGUGAAAAAAAAUUAGCACAAAUCAGCUGGGAAUAUAUUCAGUUCAAAGGUCAAAGGUCAUGACCCCCAACCCGCCAGGGAAUCAAGUGCUGAAGGAUGAAAUACGAUGGAGUGACAUAUCACUCGAUAUCAUCACAUCCAGAAUCGCCCCAUACCAGAUAUAAGUACGAAACAAUGUACCACAUAAACCAACAGAUUGCUACGGAAAGCGUUCCAGAUAACGAAAGUCGGCCAUCUUGAUAAUGAGGGUGCUUUGAUGUUUAGCAUAUUUGCUCACGUCGUCGCAGCUUAAGCUUUCCAUGGAAGCCUGCUUCAAAAGCCUUAAGACAUUACAUGUUGUUUUCUUUAGAUUAGUAAAUGUUUCUUUAAAAAAAGACGUUUGAUUUUUUUUUUUUUUUUUAAUAGUCGUAAAAUCUUUUAUUUUUUUAAAAAAAAUAAUUAAACAUAAUGUUAUUUCUCUUCAAUUCGAAAUGUUAAAAUUGUUAACAAUAAAAAAUUCAAAUUAUUUUCAUAAAUUUUCUUUUAUUUUCAAUGUUAUAAAAUAGAAAAGUUUUCUUUUUCAAAUAAUUUAUAUGUGGAUAAAAGUUGAAUAGGGCAGUGUGUUAACUAUUUUAAGAUAUGGUAAGAAGAAUGGCUAGAAAGUAUUAAUGUGUUUGUGAUAUAACUUCUCUAUGAUGAUAAUCUGUAAAAAAAAAAAUAUGUCUGAAAACCGAACUUUUCAAUUGAUAAUUGAGAAUGUUUUCAAAAGUUAAAAUGAAAGAUAGUGUACUGAAAUGGAGGAAGCAACAGGAAAAAAUUACAUUUUUUUAAAAAUUAUUUAGUAAUUGACGGUUUCCGAAAGUUAACAGAACACAAUUUUUAUGGGAAAGUUAGUAGACGAUGAUAUUGAAAAUAUCUACGAUAGAAGAAACUUAGGCCUUCUGGAAAAUCGUUAUCCAGAAUAAAGAAAAUAUUUGGAUAAGCCUUAUGAAAGUAAUGAAUGAUUGAUUGUAUCGGUAGUAGUAGUAGAUUUUUCUUUUUAAAAGAAAUUGUUUUGUUGAUUUUAUACUGUUAAAUAUCAUCAUUAAUGUUUAAUACUUUUAUUGAAUCAUUCUUAUACUUUCAAAUUUUUUCCCGUUUUAAUA